ACCUUUUGAGAAUAACAAUGGAAAUGUCUUAAAAAACGAGAUAAUUAGAUAACUGUUGUCAACAUACAACAAAGUCAGUUAGUCAUCCUUUAUGGAAUGGUGUGUAGGUUUCUUUUAAAGAGUUGUGUUGGCUUUGUUAUAAAAUGUAAUAAAAUCAGAAUGAUUGAAUCGUUAAUUCUCUAGAAAGGGUGACAUUUAUAUUUUUGAUUUUAUUCCAUUUAAUUGUACUAUUUUUGUGUAAUAUGUGGAAUGCGUUUUUGCGAACACAGCAGACUUAUGAAAAUAUUCCGGACAAUACAUCACAGUGCAUCGAUUUAGAAGAUCAGUUAAUUUGUGUGGGGUACAAGAAAAAUAGAGUGAAAUAUUUCUUUUUCUAUUUAGCAUGUGUAGUUCUUUGUGGUUUUCCGUACCUAUUACAUUACUGGUAUGACAAUUUUGCAGCUUAUGUGAAGUGUUCAAAGUGUUACUUGUCACAAGCAGACUUUAUACUUAUUAAAAACUGCCAUGGAAACUACUUCCUCGUGCCUGUUCAGAAAUGUCAGUGCGGUCUCCCGGGCACGGGAACUGUCGGCCAGAUUCGAUACUUCCAUCACUGCCACAGGAAGUAUGUGUGGAACGAAGAAGCGUGUGUCUUCGUGCAGCUGUGUGGCCUUGACGAUGGGAGGAGCACGCUCGCGCAGCUGGUGGAGUCUGCGCACGGCCACACGGCCCAGGAGCAAGCACAGCUAUUGCACCUCUAUGACCGUAACGUGAUUGAUGUUGGUGUGAAGUCGUAUUGGAAGUUAUUUCUUGAAGAAGUUCUAAAUCCAUUUUAUAUUUUCCAAGUUUAUAGUAUUACGCUGUGGUGCCUUGAUGAGUAUUAUUACUAUGCUGGCUGUGUUUUCUUCUUGUCUGCAGUUUCUGUGAUUACUGCGCUUGUUCAAACUAGAAAGCAAAGUGUUGCAUUGCACAACCUUGCAACUGUCCACAAUGCUAGUCUGGUGACAGUGAUGCGUAAAAAUGGAGUCUGUGAGGAUGUGAAAGCAGACUCCCUUGUACCCGGUGAUGUCAUAGCUAUCCCGCAGCAGGGAUGCCAGUUGACGUGCGAUGCAUUACUGCUCACCGGUAAUUGUGUUGUUAAUGAGAGUAUGUUGACAGGUGAAAGUGUCCCUGUUAUUAAAACACCGCCUUCGCUGAUUCAAGAAGUGUUUGACCCAGUCUACCACAAAAGGCACACACUGUUUGGUGGGACUCAUGUCAUUCAGACAAGAUUUUAUGGUUCCGAAAAGGUUUUGGCACUGGUUGUGCGGACAGGUUUUUCGACAGCUAAAGGAGGAUUAAUUCGUUCCAUUUUGUACCCCAAACCAUUGGGGUUCAAAUUCUACAAAGACUCGAUGAAAUUUGUUACAUUUCUCUUUUUCAUUGCCAUCAUUGGAAUGGGGUUGUGUAUUUAUUUCAACAGACAUGUUGAUACUAAAUCAUUGGUUUUACGUACGUUGGAUAUUGUGACCAUUGUAGUUCCACCCGCAAUGCCUGCAGCUAUGACCGUUGGGAUUGUGUAUUCACUAAACAGGCUGAAGAAGCGCGGUAUUUUCUGCAUUUCUCCACCGAGGAUUAAUGUUUGCGGCAAAGUUAAGGUGGUUUGUUUUGAUAAGACAGGCACAUUGACAGAGGAAGGAUUAGAUCUGUGGGGAAUUGUGGCUUGUGAAAAUGCCAGGUUUUCAUCAGAUGUGGUCACAUCCCCCAAAGAUCUGCCUUCAUCCUCACAACUCGUUGCAGCCAUUGCCACGUGCCAUUCCCUCACAUUCAUCAAUGGAGCAUUGUCAGGUGACCCUCUUGACAUUUUGAUGUUCAACUCAACAGGCUGGGAGCUGCUUGAGCCAGCCGAAGAUACGCACAAGUUUGACCAGCUUGCGCCCACAAUCGUCAGACCAAUUUCCAGGGAAAACCAAGAUAUUAUAGAGUGGGAGGUAAUGUGUGAUGGACAAAAUGCUAAGUUUCCACAUGAAAUAGGCAUCAUUCGUCAGUUCCCAUUUAGCUCAUCCUUGCAGUGUCUGACUGUGAUAACCCGCACAUUAGGAUCUAACUACAUGACAGUUCACACAAAAGGAUCACCUGAAAAAAUUAGCAGUAUAUGUGACCCUGAAACAGUUCCAGCCAACUUUGACUCAACACUGGAGACAUACACGGCGGCAGGCUACAGAGUAAUUGCAGUGGCUAAAAGGCCUCUAGACAGUAAGCUGAGCUGGCUUCAGGCUCAGCGGAUUGAGAGAGAGAAGGUGGAAAGUGGCAUGACAUUCCUUGGCCUCAUAAUAAUGCAGAACUCUCUGAAACCAGAAACAACACCAGUUAUCAAUCAAUUGCACAGGGCUAAAAUAAGAUGUUUAAUGGUUACAGGGGACAAUCUGCACACCGCAGUUAGUGUUGGCCAUAAAUGUGGAAUGAUUUUGCCAUACGAGCAAGUGGUUCAGGUUGAAGCGGAACCUGCAAAUGGCUUGGCACCUCCUGCAAUCCACUUUUCAGUUCUGGGGACUACAGCGUAUGAUACAAGUUUACAAAAUGCAAAAACACAUUUUGCUGUGGAUGGGAAAUCUUGGGCAGUUAUCUACCAACAUUUCUGUGAUCUCCUACCACUGCUAGUCACCAAAGGAACUAUCUUUGCCCGCAUGGGGCCCGAGCAGAAGUCCCAGCUUGUCGAAGCCCUGCAGGAUCUGGAUUACAUAGUGGCCAUGUGUGGGGACGGGGCAAAUGACUGCGGCGCUUUGAAAGCAGCAGACGUAGGAAUCUCAUUGUCCGAGGCAGAAGCAUCUGUCGCUGCACCUUUUACUUCGACAAUCUCCAACAUCACGUGUGUUUUGCACAUUAUUCUCGAAGGGCGCUGUGCCUUGGUUACAAGCUUUGGUGUGUUCAAGUACAUGGCCUUGUACAGUCUGAUACAGUUCAUCACCGUUCUUCUUCUGUACAUGCGUAGCUCCAUGCUGGGGGACUUCCAGUUCCUGUACAUCGACCUGGUGAUCACCACGACGCUGGCCGUGGUGAUGGGCAGGACGGGGCCGGCCUCCCAGCUGGUCGCCCGGCGGCCCCUGGGCAGCCUGGUGUCCGCGGUGAACAUGGUGCCCCUGCUCCUGCAGGUCCUGCUGACGGCCGCCGUCCAGGUCUCCGCCCUCUACCUGCUCGGCUCGCAGGCGUGGUUUAGGCCUGCAAAAUUUCAUGACGACGAUGAUGGUGUUGAUGAGACGGUUAUUAAGUGUUGGGAAAACACGUCUCUAUUCUGUGUCAGCUGUUACCAGUAUCUGAUUCUUGCUGUUGUGUAUUCAAAAGGUCGUCCAUUCCGGAAACCAUUUUAUACAAACAUUUUUCUGCUGCUAUCAUUGUUGGUUUUGACAUGCUUCAAUACACUGCUUCUCAUCUAUCCCAUUGCACCAAUUUCAAAUAUCUUUGAGCUCAUGCCAGCCAGCGAAGACAAACCGAUCCUCAUGUUUCGAUUGUGGCUUUUUGGAUUGCCAGUAUUGCAUCUUUUUGUGGCUACAUUCAUUGAAGUUUUUAUAGCCGAUACCAAGUGGUUGAAGAGUGUUGUGCACUUCGUGUCCAGGAAACGCAUGCCUAAAAACAGAUACAAGCUAGUGGAUCAGCGAAGUCUUUCUGACAUUCAAGCCAUGUGGCAAACAUCGUGACACAGCAGGUGUUCCAGAGCUUGGAUGUUUUCUGCUGCAUGCUAAUCAAACAGGUGUGCGAUUAACUUGUGGGAAAGAAAGUGUAUUCAAGAGUGGACAGUAGAACAAUGCAUUUUCCUUGUUAAGAAGGUGAGUCAUAAAACGAAACUCUUGACAUUGCAUAAUGCAGUGGAACUGAAAAAAUACAGUAUUUAAUCUCAGCAUUGUUAUGAAUUUGUGCUACUUAAGGGUGUGAAAUUUGUCGGGAAAACAUGUUAUGAUUUUCCAUUUUCCUAAAUCUAGUAUACAUCCUAUAGUAUUUAUCAUAAUAUUUUUACUCAGUGAUAGAUUAUUGUAUCAUGUAAAAAUUGAUUUGUUUAAAUUUUUUUAUUUUUUAUUUUAUUUUGACAUACACCAUUGCUGGUUAUAAUGUAGGGCAUAGAGAAACCUUAAAAACUGACAAUAAUUAAUUUCCAAGUACACCGGAAACAAGCAAAAAUCAGCUGAUGUCAAAAGUUAGAUGCUUGUGCCAAACAGAGAAUCUUCACCGUUGCAAUAAUUGUUCAAAGAGUGUAAAAUAUUCAAUUCAUUCUAAUUGGUGUUUAAUCCCACUCUACACAAUGCCUUAUUUCUACUACCAAUGUUGUAAAUAUUAACUCUACUUAAAGAAUUUAAUUUUUAUUACUGGGUUUCAUCAUGUUUUUGUUUUGCUAUUUAUUUUAUUUUAAUUCCUUGUAGUAUGUAUUUAUCUGAACAUGUUUACUCUCCCAAUUCAUCUUAAGUAUUUUAUGUUUCAGUGUUUAUUAUUGUUGUUUUUCCAUCGUUUUUACUUCCAAGUAGCUAGGUUCAGUAUUUUUCGGCAAAAUGUUUUAGUUAUUCUUCAAGUAUUUUUUUCAUUUGUGACUCCUACUUUCAGGCUUAACCACAAUUUGAGUUAGCUAGCCUCCAUCAUCAUACCAUAUGUUUCUUUCGUUGCACAUGUGAAUGUGGUGUUUCAUUGUUAGCUCUUUGGGAUUGGCAUUGGUCUGCCAUCUUGACAACUCAAGAUUGUUGAUAUAGCAGAUACAUAAACCGCAGUCUAAUGUUUUGGGCAGGAUUCUGGACAUAAAAACUGCCAUUCACAGCUAGAAUCUUCGCAAAGAAAAUGCCCUGGCAGAAACUGGGAAACCAAGGGAUUGGGCAUCUUGUAGGACUGGCUUCAUUGCAGACAUUUUGUUCAACUUUAUUCAUUUGUUUUUGGUGGUGAAAAUGCAUCACAAGUUGUUUAAAAUUUUGUAUCGGCUACUUAAAGUAUUUGCCAUUCAUACAAUCUAUACUUAAAUAUUAUCUCCAUUGUCAUCUCUUUAACCAGUUUGGUAUGUUGUGGUGUACAUCAGUUAAAAUAGGUAAUCAAUAUUUUUUUUUGUAACAUUUAUUUUUUAAAUUAUUCAUUUUUAAAGAUUUGAAUGCCAGUAAAGCAAAUAAAAGUGUCAGUAGUCUACAUGAAAACUUUUCUUUGCUAAAGGCACAUGUUAGCUGGUCACAGAUAGAUCCUUGAUUCUGAAAGUUUAAAUGGAUUUUAAAAUGUACUAUACCUAUGUAGUGGUGAAAUACUUUGAUUGUAUUAUGAAAGUUUGGCCUAAAUUGUGAGUAUUAUCUUAACUUAGAAGGCAAGAGUGAAAAGUGGAAGGAAGAUUGAAGUGUGGGAACUGGGAAGUACUUGAAAACAUUGCCCAUUUUUUCAGUAUCUUUAAACUAGAUAUGGAUGAGGAAUCAAGAAUAAAAUAACAUACAAUAAAUUAAAAUUCAGUCAGUUAUGUAAAACAGGUUAGAAAGGAAUGAAAAAAUGACCAGACUUUUUAUUUAGGUUGACAAAUUUGUGGGCUUUUGGAUCAUAAUUUAUCCAUUUUUUUCUUGAAUCUAGAUCAUAGAUAAUCGUAGCCAGACUUUCAUUAACUACCGCUUGGCUUCUGAGUUGACACCACGUCUGUGGAAAUGACCAGUUUAUUUACUGACGUGUGAAUUCUUUUAAAGUUAUGUUUUUUUGAGUAUGUACUUAGGAUAUUAAUUUAUAGGCACCAUAAAAGACAUAAUGUCUAAGAAACUAUCAUGUUUUUAGAAAGUUACAUAUUUCUGCAACAAAACCUAUGUAAGGCAAACUGCCACUUAUCUCUAAGAGAAUUUAGUAGACAUCAAUCCUAACACAACACCAUAAUGAAACAAGACAUUGCAAAUAUUUCUAAAAACCACCUCAGAUUAAUUAGAGAAGUCAUGUGAAUCAAAAACAUACCAAUAUCAACAAAUAUGGGUCCUUUAAAGAUUGUUUGUUUUGCUGCUUCCAUUACAUGUUUUAAACUUUGCAUUUGAACAUAUUUAAAAUUUGAUAUUUGAAAAAAAAUUUGACAGAGUAAUUAGGGCCGGUUUUAUGACCUUCGGUUAAACCUAGGGCUACAAUUAACUUUUAGAUAGCUCUUAUUUUGGUUUUAUGAUCCUCAGUUAACGCCUGACUGAGCCGGUUAAAGUUUACCGUGGAUGAACUGAGAGCAAGCUGCUUAACCUGAGGCUAAUUAGCAUCAGAAAAGUAAAUAGUGAGAUAUCAGGCGAGGUUAGUUGUUGACAGUAAAAGUGAGAAUGACUGGGAAUUUCCAACACAAUUUAAUGCAUGUUUCGAUGAACUAAUGUAAUACUGCACACAAAAUAUUUCUUACAAUUCAUCAAAGUUUGUUUUUAAUUACGUGAUGUGUUAAUGUAGGUAGGCCUAUCGCUGAGUCAUAAGUUAUAUUAUUCUUUAGUUAAUCCCGAAGGAUACACACACACACCGUAUAAACACUAUAUAACGACACUUAACGGACUGAGCAUUUUUUGGCGUUAUAAAGAGUGGUCGUUAAAUGGAGAGAAAUAAAAGAUAUCAUUUUACUAUUCUAUAAUAAUAUGUAUUUACUAAUAUAGUAUACAUUUUACAUGUCUUUAAAACCAUGAUAGCAUCGCUUGAUCCAGAUCUUCGUAUUGAGGUUUCUUUAAUUUCUUAGCAGAUUUUCCCUCCUCCUCUGCUUGCAGAAUUUUUUCUUUAUUUUUCAUAUUGUAGACACGGUAGAGCGGCUAAAUCCAAAGCGUCUUCCAACAUCACUGAUCUUUUCUCCCGCCUCUAUUGAGCGUAUUAAUAAAACUUUUUUGUCAAUACACAAAGAUUUUCGUUUAUUCGCCAUGUUUACAGUUCAAAAGUCUGUAAGCAACUGCAAUAAUGAUAACAUGUAACAACUUGACAAAAGUCUAGUGACCGAGGUAAACAUGUGCAAGUUCAUCAUACAAAAACAAAAGACAAUAUUUCUUAGAAUCUCCGGUACGUCAGUCUAAGUAAACACGUGGUAGAUAUUACAACAACAAAACAGCAAACAAAAGAACGUACACAACUGCAGUUCUUAUCAACUUCGGCAACUUAGAAAGUACUGCUUAAUGAUUUAUAAUGCCGUAUUGCUGUCAUUAAAUAGAGUGAGCUUGACGCUAUCUAGAGUGUAUUAUUGUAUAGAAAACAAGGUAAACCAACCAAAGUCAAGCAAUUUCGACGUUUUAAGGAGUUUGUCGUUAAAUUGAGUGACGUUAUAAAGAGUUUACACUGUGUAUAUAGAAUAUACAUGUGAUGACUUAAUAACAUGUGUUAAUUUACUGCAUUUAAAAAAUGCAAAUCGAGUGUCAUUCCAACAUAUAAAUUUUGUGUGUCGUGAUAAAUAGCUUGUAAUUAACUACCAGAACUAUUAGUUAGAAUAUAUAUCCACAUUUAUUCCUAAUAAAGUAACCCUAUCCAGGAUUUGAAUGUACUUCAGAGACUAUACAUUGGUCAAUUUCACCUACCUUCCUGUCAAGCAAAUAACAUAUGUGGAUGAUAUUGAAAUGAAAAUGGUACACCAGUGAAAUUAAAAUCAUCCUGUAGUUUCACAAGGCUUAUUAAAUAAACAAUAUGACAGACAAAAACAGCUCUGUAACAGAAAUAUUUUUUUCUCUAUAUAAUUUUUAUGUGUAGAGAUUUAGUUCUGCUUGCUUUGUCUUAAAUUAACCUAUCAUAUCCUGACAGAAAUCAUGCUUUGAAAUACAUGAGUAUUGUUAAAAACAAGAAAAUAGACAAGGUUAUGCAGAAUUCAAAAAAAUUUAGAUGUCAAAGUAGUUAUUUUGCUUGAUUUUAUGUAAGUCUGUUGCCAGAUAAAGUUUACAACAUAUUUUUUUUUUGCAACCAUCAUAAUUACGAUUCUGAAUUUACAAUAUCACACAAAAAAACAAUGUUCAAACAGAUGACUAUCACACUACAGAAGAUAGAUGUCUUGCAGAAUUAAAAAAAAAAAUGUAAUCAAGUACUAGUUAAUUUUUUUACCAACACAUUCAAUAUUACACCACAUGCUUCGUCAGAUUUCAAUUAGCCAAUCUCCGGCUAAAUACUGGUCGUAAAACACAUUCGUUUUUCAACCGGAGAUUAGCUUAGCUGUCAGUUUUAACGGGAGAUCAUAAAACUGGCCCAUAAUUACAUACAAUUACUUGAAAAUAUAUAAAGUGCUUUACUUACUGAUUGGAUCGUCACUUUAAUCUACUUAUACUUUAAAAUUUUUCACCUUGUUAUGAAUCACUCAGGAUGUUGGACGGACAGAUGCGAUGGAUCAUUGAGAGUCCAGCUUGUCAUUGUUUUGCCUUAAUCAUGAAUGAUCCAAGAAUUAGCCACAGUGAAGUCUCGUGCACCUACUAAGACAGAUCCUGAUUGGCAGACCUUCGUCCAAACAUGGCCAUCUACAGGUACCAAUCACAACUCACUGUGACUGCCUUUAUAUAAAUAUUGUAUCAGAAUACCAGUCCUUCACUUGUUAAUCACCAUUGAAGAUGAAUGCAACGAGGCAUGUCAAAACAUCGGGCACGCCACCAUUUUCACUGAUGAUGUAUCAACCUAGAAGCCACGAAGUAGUCAGGUUUUUUGUUAUUAGAACAUAAAACUCUUCAAAGGCAUAAAACAGUAGGAUUAGUGUACUGCUAGAUUAUUUGUCAUUGCUGAGAUUUCAAUCAUAAAUUAAAUAUAAUUACAUAAGUACAUAAUUAAAUCAUAGCCAUGUGAUUAUAUCUGAAUAAGUGUUAGAAAAGAAAGAUUUUAGUUUCUCAUCGUUACGAUGCUUACGCCAAUAUCACAGUUUUAAGUGACCAACUUUUUAAACAAUGCAUGUUACUUUUAUGCAUUACUAGCAGGUGCCACUAACGCACACAAUAGAUGGAAGAGGAAAAGUAAACUAAAGUUAAAUCUGUACCUACUGUAAUUAAAUUGCUACUUUUGGUACUUUUAACACUUUGAAUAUAAUCCCAGCAUGUAAUAUGAGUGCAGUUGGUGCUUAUACUAUAUAUGGGCAGCAACUUUCCUUUAUAUUAGUAAUAUUUGCUUAUUAUUAGGGACAAGAUUUUACUGUUUUAUAUUAUGGCCAAUUUUGUUUUAAAACAUAAUAUUUUGGUGUUAUUGUUUUUAGUUUUAUACAUUUAUAAAGGUAGUGUAAAUUUCAGCAAGUAUUACACUAAAAGGUUUCAUAAAACUAAUUUCACAAAACUACUGUAAUUUUUACAAUGGUACAUAAUGCAUGUUUACAAUAAAAUAAUUUGUAAUAAGCAUGUGUAGAACAGAAUUCUUAGCCAAAAAGUAUUUGUGUGUUUGAAAAAUGUAUUAUCUUGUGAAAUGUAAAAAUAAGUUAGUUUGAGGUAAGAUCGUAGUAAAUUAAUUUGUUGUAUCCAAUUUGUGCUAACUUUUUUUAUAAGUUUCACUUUUAACAAACAAAAUUUUUUGAACUAAAUAUAUAUUAAAAUUUUAAUUUUAUUUGUGUUUUGAAUUAAGUUCUGUAAGACUGUUAUUCAAUUCAUGAUUUUAUUUGCAUUUUGGUGCUGAAUGGUGUAUAAUCUUGUAUUUUGGUGUUACGUAGUGUAUUUAAUGCUUUUUUUGGUGUUAUUUUGGUUUUAUUGCAAUGCACUGUAAAACCUUGUCCCUACUUAUUGUGCAUACAAUUGCCAACUUGCCAGGAUGUGUUUGGUAAUAAAGAACAUGAAAUUACAAAUUUCAAGCAUUCUAUCCAUAAGCAUUCUUAAGAGUAGUAAAAACUAAUAUAAAAAUGUAUUAUUUAGAAAAGAAAUUGUGGUCAGGUAUGUUAAACACUUAACAGUUGGCUGUACUUGAAAGUGUUAAACAUUUUUCUAUAAUUUCUGAUGUACAAAUAAAAUGUUUGUUUAGGGCUUUAUAAUUAUGUUUGUAGAUCAUGAAAGUAUUUUUUAAACUAGUAGACUAAAUAUAUUAAUAGUGUUUAUUGUAUUAGCAAUAAUUUUAUCACAGUUGUACAUGUUUUGUGAUUUUUUCUCCCCAUAGGGAUACAUAUGUACAAAAUUAUUUAUAGUCAUUGUCUCUGAUCUGUGGUUGGAGUCAUUAUUAAUUAUACCAUAAAGAGUUACCAUAGCUUAAGUUCCUAAUUUGUGAAGUAAUCAUUUAAGGAUGAUAUAGUAUGUUUUUAAAUAUGUACAAGUUUGUAGCCAACAUGUUCUUAUGAAUUUACAAAUGUACAGACUUUCAUAUGAUUAUCCGCACAAAGACAAGAAUUAGAAGUAGGCCUGUGCAAAAAUUUGAAUUCAAAUAAUAAACUAUUUGAUUCAACUUUGAAUACUAAAACUUCAAAAUAACGAAUAUUCAUUGAUGUUAAGUAAUUUGUUCAGUACAAAUACUUUUUUUUUUAUGUUUUAAUGGGACUUCAUAAUAAAAAACAUGAACAGUAAGCGACAUUUUAAACAUGCAACAAGUAUUCAAAGUAUUUUUUCACUAGUGUCUCACUAAACAGUAACGGAAAAAUCACGUGAACGAUCAAAAACAUGGCAUGUUUUGUCUUUUAAAACUUGAAAACAAACAUUGUAUGUAUUCGUUUUGUCAUAGGCACACUGUUGCGAUGGCCAUUAAAAGAAGUAAACACCAUAGUUUCAACGGUGUAUAAAUCAAUCUACCACCAUGCGACACAGUAGCAGCUUACUUGCUGAACUAAAAUACAAUUUACUUGGCUGCAAUUAAAAAUGAAAAUGCACGAAUAACUAGCAUUUAAAUAUGUAAAUAUGAGCUCAUUUUAUCACUGAUUUGGGAACACAUUUUAAAAAAUAAAAAAAAAUAUUGUUUUUUGCAAAAUGAAUUGCACUGUAUUACACAAACAUUUUCUUGAAUAAAUAUGUUGAAUAGCAGGUUCUGGAAAAUGAGGCGAAUAGGAACUGAAAUUAAAACUAGGUUUGUUUUGUUAAGAUUAGGUUAGCUGCAUAAUUAAUAAAUAUUUUUUUAUAAUUUUAAUAUUUUAACAAACAUUUUACAUAUAAAUUAUUGUAGCUAACUUAACCUAACCAACCUCACUCUUAAACUAAUUUCCCAGAAGCCACUACUCAUUUAACUAUAGAGCAACUAUAGAGCCUGAACGAAAAUGGCUAUGAACAUUCCAACCUCCCGUUGUGAAUUCGUAAAACUAAACAUGUACGCAGUCAUUUUUGUCAUGUGAUUUUCAAAAACAUGUACUGUUUAUGUAAUUUUACAGAAAUGUUUCUAUUUUUAUUUUCAUAAACUGUAUGGUUUAAACAACGGCUCUUUACAGAGUAACUUUUUGUUACAUGGUGAGAAAAAAAUUUUUUUUUUUUUUGGGGUUCUAAAUUUUUAUUCUUUAUAUUCAAAUUCAAGAAUAAUUUGGUACUUGUAAUUGAUUCCAACUAAGAAACUUAUAUUUGCACAGGUAUAAUUAGAGGUGUAUGUAACUAUUCUGAUGAAUGUUUGAAAUUAAUUAUUAAAUUAGAAUUGCCAGACCAUCUUUUUGUAAAACAACCUUAUUUGUUUCAAAGUAACUCUGUACCAGUUAAGCUCUAAUUACAUGCUAGAUUAACAGUAGUGAAAUGUCUUUAAUCCGGCAUUCCAUGGUUUGCCUAGCCUGUAAUCUGGCAUCAGUCAUAUUUCUCGCCUUCAGACUUCUACGGUUGAUUCUCGGUUAUUUGGCUUUGGCCGUCAGUUCGCAUUACUGCACUGCCGGCAUUUUUAGUUUGCCCACGCCGUUUUCAUUUCAGUAUCGUGUUUUCCAAUUUUAUAAUGGGUUACAUUUUAAUUUACAUUCCUGUAAUUAUUUUUUUAAAAACGAUUAAUGCUCACAAAUAUAUUAUCUACUCUAGAGUAUCUUAUACACCUUGUUUUAAAGACCACUGUACUGAAAACAUACUUUACUAAUGGUUUCACCAGUAAUUUCAAAGAAAUGGGCAAUAUGGAUAAAAACCUAUACAAAUACAAUUCUUUAUCAGAUGUUUUAACCGAUACAAAACUGUUUGUAAAUAAUCACAAUGCAAGUCUCCAGAUUUUUAAUAAAUAAAUCAGUAACUAAAUAAGGAUUUUAGGUAGAUGAUAAAUAAAUAUUUUUACGAAUAAAAUUUGUGCAUAGCUGAAUAUGCUACAACUUUGACUAACUAACAAACACAACAUUCGAGUAUAGCUUUAAAUUACAGAAAAAUCAAGAGUGAAAUGUGCCUAUGGAACUAUGAAUAGAAUAGUAAAUAUGGGUGACACUUGAUGGAUAAAAUUAUUGUAAUUUUUUCAUGCAAUUAUAUUUUGAUUGGAAACAAUUAUAAUGGUAAUUCAGAAUAUCAGGAUGCAGAUACCAAAUAGAUUACAUUGGUUCAUAUCUAAAAGCUCUAUUGACGCUCAAUAAAUCAGGCAUGGCAGUGUUCCCGUAUGUGCCGGAUUAAAGACCUAGGAAUGUCUAAAGGGUCUUUCAUGUUUCAUCCAAAUUGUACUCCUUAAUACUUUUUUUUUUUUAUUCUAGUUUACCAAAGCUGUUAAAAUAUCCUAUGAAUCGGAUGUGAUAGAAACUGCGUUAUUUUAUAGUUUUAGUAAUAUGUUGUCAUACUUUGAUGUCAUAUGACUUGGUAAGAAAUUGUAAUAAUUUCUGAUAGUCACACAGUAGUUGAAGUGUUAAUUGUAAUUAGAAUAAAGAUUAUGAAUUUACAUACGUGCCAGAAAUGGUUCACGAAAUUAAUUCAGAAGUUAAUAUGCUAACUCUUCUCUGUUCAGAUUUGUAUGUGUGUAUUGACAUGUGACAACUUUAAAUAGGAGUCGUCUAUGUAUAUAGUAUUAAAAUUUAUUUUACAGAUGAAAAAGUCAAAUCACUAUGUUUAGUGGAGAUAUCUUCAUGAUCAGUAACAAGUUGUGUCUCAUUUUCUUGUAACCAGUGUAACACAAUCUUGUAGGGGAUGCUUGUUGUCACAAUUUGCAACUUUUUUUUUGAGCUCAUUGUGUUUCAUUCUGUAGCCUAAUUGGAAAGUUGCUUGUUAUUUACCUUUAAGAUGUUAUACAAAUAAACCAUUUAUUAAGUAACAAAGGUACUACUUUCAUAUAGUCUAAAAUGCCUGUGAAAAAAUUACUGUAUCAAAUUUUUUUAAUGCUUUCUAGAGGUAAUAAUAUGUUUACAAAUGUUGACAGUUACACAAAUUUAUGCUCAUAUUACAUAGAUUUAUACAGCAUAAUAUAAUUGAAAAUCAUGUUCAUAUAAAUUAAACUAUAUUUUAGUAACACAUUCCAAAAAAAAAACAUCAAAUGAUAUAGUUUUACAUACAUUUUUUAAGAGACACAUACAUUUGCUCUAAACAUGUCAGUUCAAAAGUUUACAAAGUAACGUGAACAAAAUGGUUUCAUAAAUUGGAAAAAUAUCCUAAUGUAUUAGUAGAUCUGCAUACAAUUUAUACAUAGUUAACAUGAACUUUUUAAAAAUGUUGCAUUAUCUUAAUAAAAAUUUAAUUAUUUUGAAGUGUACAAUAUUUGAUUAUAGGGUAAAGAACCUUUGUACAAAAAUUGUUGAUAUUACUGAAAGUAAUUACAGUUAUGGAAAGUGAUAGAGUAACAUGACUUAUCUGUACAUAAAAAUCACACACUUGUACCAAAAUGUAUACAGCCUAGUAAAAUAAAAACUAUAAAAAAUCAAAGUCAUAUAAAUGUAAAUGCCUAAUAGAUUAAGAACUUAACAAAAAUUGAUAACAUGAAAAGAAACUUUAAUUUAAAUUAAUAAAUAAAAAUGAAAACCUUUAUGAAUAAUCACAUUUUAAAAUUUUUUAAAAUUUAGAUCAAAAGUUACUAAAAAGCAAAUUUUGUUUGAUAUUGAAAUAUUAUAUUGAUAAAAGAGAUUAUAAAACAAUAUCAGCAACUAUGUAAGAGGUGUAUGUGGAAAGGUGAUGGAUGGAGUUUUUCUCAUAAACAGUAUGUUGAAGCGUUCACUUAUUUGUGAUGAUUUCAUGUAUUCUCUUUCCUGGAAAUAAAAACAUAAAUUAUA